AUGGUUAUUCAUGCUUAUAUUCCUGAUCUUGAUCAAAGGACUCACAAUGCCCCAACAGCAUCUCAAGUAGCAGCAAUCUGGAUUAAUGAUGACAUUCGCCAAAAUGUGGUUCAGAAAUGUGAUAUUGAAUGGGCUCCUAAUCAAAUUCCAUACAGAGACAUUUUUUCUGUCCCUGAAAUGAUGGAUAUUGAUAUAAGUCCUAAUGAUGAAGAUAAACACAAUGUGGAACAUGAACAUGGUAAUACUGGAAUACAACAUAGAAAAUUUAACCAAGACAAAAUCCAAAGCAAUCUGUAUCAAGGUCUUCAAGAUGCAGCUUUGCAUGGUGACAAUAAUCCACAACACAUAGAGGAUCUUGUAAAAGCAAAUACAUUAAAUGAAGCCCAACAUGCAGUAUUUGAUGAAAUACAGAAUCUCAUAAACCAAUCUAAUAACAGAAUUGCAUUUGCAGUAGCUUCUUCCGGUAUCACAUCAUUACUAUUGCAUGAUGGAUGCACAGCACAUUCUCACUUCAAGGUACCAAUUCCAAUAAAUGAAAAUGCAACCUGUAACAUCAAAAAGUGUACUGAUCUGGCUAAAUUACUUCAAGAAACUAUUCUGGUUAUUUGGGAUGAAGCUCCAAUGACACGUCACCACAUUCUUGAAACUGUUGACAGAACAUUAAGAGACAUUAUGGAAAAUGAUCUUCCAUUUGGUGGUAUAAUAUUUAUGUUUGGGGGAGACUUCUGUCAAGUUCUUUCUGUAGUUUGCAAAGGCACAAGAGCCCAGAUGGUCAAUGCUGCUCUCAGCAAGUCAUAUCUGUGGCAUUAUGUUUGUGUUUUCACUUUGACAGCCAACAUGCAAUAG